UCAGUUGCAUUGCGACAACGACGGUGUACGCGACGUUUGAUUUGUAUGAGCGGGCAUUUUUAAUCAAUAAUUUUAUACACGAAUAAACGAUAUAUCGCGCGGUUGUUUGAAAAAUUCUCACGGCAGCCGGUACGUGACGCGAGUCACUGGAAGAAAAAUUCAUAAAAAAAGUAAUUAUUGAAAAAAAAAUCAAAACUCGUGUUUCACGCAUUUUAUGGUCUUAUCAGCUGUAGGUGUGUGUGUCUGUGAAGACAGCUAAGUGAUAAAUAAAUAUUGAAUUGUCAAGUGUUGGAAGUUAAGACGACUCUUGUGGGUGGACGCGUGCUUAAUGCGGUUCUGACGCCAGCGUCCAAGUCCAAGUGAAUGGCUACAAUGCGCCGGCGCAGCCAGACAAGUGAAUGUCCCCGUUCUUAUUACAACAAGUAAAUGCACGCAAAAGUGCAGUGAAGUGACAAACGGUGUACAUAUAUAUACACAUAUAUGCAAAAAAAUUAAAAAAAAAAUUCACUAACUGAUGCCUCAUUUAAGCCAAAGCAGCUGUCUGAGUUUCUGGCGAAAGGUGCAAAGUUAGUUAGGAUUCAAUCUACUAGUGCAUACAUACAUACAAACACGUAUUUCUGUAUAUAAAGUGCUUGUGCAAUAAUCAUAAAGUGAAUUAGUGAGUGAAUGGUGUUCAAAAAGCGGGUGACCUAUAAUUAGUGUGAUAAAACUGGCGUAGUAUGUAUAUGUAAAGAAGUACAUAUAUAUAAAUAUAUAUACCAUACAUACAUGUGCUUUGUGAUUGCUUUUGUGUAGAGCACUCUAAAAUUAAAUUGGAACGUGUCAAGUAAAUUGUGCAAUAUUAAUUAAGCAGGAGAAGGAGAGCUUUGGAGGCAAUUACGCACAUAUUAAUACAGAUACAUACAAACAACACACAGAUCUCGGAAGGGAACGCAUUGAAAAAUGUCAUUAAAGAAGGAGACUCCAUCCGAUGUGCUGUUGCAUCUGGCAGCACUACGUGGCGAUGAAAUCAACCUGCGGCGUGUACUUGACAGCGGCAAAGUGCAUGUGGAUUGCAAAGAUGAGGAUGGCACUACACCGCUUAUACUUUCCGCAGCGGGCGGUCACACCCCAUGUGUGUUGGAAUUACUCGAACAAGGCGCAGAUCCGAAUUCACGACGCGCCACUGGUACAACACCGUUAUUUUUCGCAGCACAGGGUGGCUACUUGGAUGUGGUGAAAAUACUGAUAAAAGCCGGUGCUAGCGUGGAUACACCAUCGGUGGAUGGUGGUACGCCGUUAUUUGUCGCUGCACAAGGUGGUUAUGUGAAAUUGGUUCGUGAGUUGUUGGAUUGUGGCGCCAAUGUGAAUGCAUGCAUGAAGCAGGAUCGCGCCACACCCGUUUUUAUAUCCGCACAAAAUGGACAUCGCACAGUGUUAUCGCUGCUCAUCACGGCGGGCGCCAAUCCCGAUAUGAAGCGCAUAGAUGGCGCUACACCACUGUGGAUCGCCGCACAAAUGGGACACGAUCACAUAUGUAAAGUGUUGUUGCAAAAUGGCGCUUUUGUGGAUGCGGUACGCUGUGAUGGGGCGACGCCACUCUUCAAGGCAGCGCAUAAGGGACACGCGGCGGUUGUGACGGAACUCUUGAAACACCGUCCCAAUUUGGGGCUACUACCGAACGGUGAAACAGCGCUGCAUGCGGCCGCCAUGUUCGGUCACUUAACCGUUUGCAAGCAACUGAUUGCUGCGGGCAGCGAUAUACUGCAGAAAAAUCAGGAGGGACUCACCGCUUUGCAGGUGGCGCGUCAGCAGAAGUACACGUCGAUCUGUGAUUAUCUGCAGGAUCGUUUGCGUUUGGUGCGCGCGCGUGCUGGGACGGCCACAUAAAUAACGUUGUCUCGUGUGUUUUGUGGAAUAGAUGAGCGGCAGCUUUAGGUUGUUAAAGUUGAGUGAAAAUGGAAAUCAUUUGAAUAAGCGUAUUUAGUUAGUUUCGCUAUACAAUUGAAGACAAUAGUGUCUGUAGGCGUGCGCAAAAAGUAUUUAGUAAACAAAACUCGAAAAUAGAUUUGUAUAGCCAAAGGGAAUGUCGGGCGUUUUUCUGCUCAAAUUGCUGAGUUGAAAAAUUUAUAACCAAGAAAUCGAUGAAUAUUGUAUGUAGAAGUUGAAGUGAGUUGGCACUAAAGUGAUUUACAAUUUCAAAUUAAUUUUUUUUGUUUGUACGAAUCUAUAGCUUUUAAUAUAUAUGUAUAUACUUCUUAAAAUUUUGGUUUCAUUUUUAAACAUUAAAUUUAUAUACAUUAUUUUCUAUGUAAAUAUUCUGUUGCUAUUAAUUUUAGGUUUCAAAAAUAUUUUCUUUAUAAAAAAAAUAUUAUUUUCAAAAUUUUUUAGUAUUCAAAAUUUUUUUUUUUUGAAAAUUUGAUGAGAAAAUU